AAAGUCAACACAUAGUUAGUAAAGUAAAUAAUGAUUGGGAAGAAAAGUAUAAAGAUGAAGAAUUAACCCCUUAUGAAGCAUAUAACUUGGAAGCAAAAUUUGUCAAUGCAGAAGACUCAGAAUGGACU